UUUCAGCUCCUUACCCCGAUAACAGAAGUUGAAAAAGGAAAUAAAACCCCAACCAAGUAGUCCACUUUCUUAAAAUCACAAAUUGCGCAAGAGAGAAGAGAGAGAGAGUUUUUAGUUAGUAAGAUAGAUAGAGAGAGAGAGAGCAAACAAAAAAAUGGCGAGAUUCACGGUGCUAAUUGUGGCGGUGGUGCUGGCUAUUCUAACGGCGGCGCCUAUGCCGGGAGUGACGGCGAAGAAGUAUACAGUCGGCGAAAACAAGUUCUGGAACCCAAACAUUAACUACACCAUCUGGGCUCAGGGCAAGCAUUUCUACCUCGGUGACUGGCUAUAUUUCGUGUUCGACAGAAACCAACACAACAUUCUUGAAGUGAACAAGACUGACUAUGAAGGAUGUAUCUCCGACCACCCAAUACGCAACUGGACACGUGGAGCCGGGAGAGACAUUGUAACUCUCAACCAGACCAAACAUUACUACCUACUCGACGGGAAGGGUGGCUGUUACGGUGGCAUGAAGCUUGCUGUUAAAGUCGAGAAGCUUCCUCCUCCACCAAAAUCUGCACCUGUCAAGAGCAUUGGAUCAGUUUCAAUUGUCACUGGUUUCGCUCAGUUCAUGAUCCCGGUGUCUCUUUUCGCUUUCCCGACCAUGUGGGAUUUGAUCUCAAGGAUGUGGUAGUUGUCCUCCAAAGAGUUCUUUAGUUGAAUCGAAACCGAUUUGAAACAAAAACAAAAAACCUCAAAUUCUUUUCAGGGAAAGCUUUUAAAUUUAGUUGAGAUUAUUUCUCUUUUGUAAUGUUGGAUUGUUUUUGGUUUUUAAUCUUUUUGUUUUUGUGUGUCUUUGAAUUAAUUGUUGAGACAAAAAAAGAUUGUAUUUGAUUUAUUUAAGAAAAUUAAUGCCUAAUCUUUUCUUUAUAAUUCAAAGAUCUUGUUUA